AUGAAGUUCAUUUUCUUAAGAGAUAUUUCACAUCCUAAUAUUGUUAAAUUAUUAGAUGUUUAUAAUUCAGAGAAACAUUUAUAUCUUAUAUUUGAAUACUGUAAUACUGAUCUUCAUAAAUUUCUUAAAAACAAUCCCCAAGAUCUUUCUAUUAAUUUUAUUCGACACGCUUCAUAUCAAAUGUUAGAUGCAUUAGCAUUUAUGCAUUCACAUCGAAUUCUUCAUCGAGACAUUAAACCGUCAAAUGUAUUAUUAAGUGGAGAUGUAGUUAAAUUAGCAGAUUUUGGAUUAGCACGAUCUAUUGGUGUUCCAAUAAAGAGAUAUACAGUAGAAGUAGUUACAAUGUGGUAUAGACCACCAGAGUUGAUUCAAAAAUAUAAUA